ACUAAAGAUUUUAUUGCAACAUCGAGCAAAUUAUUAUCUGAACUCAAUUCUGAAAUACCGGAAAAAGUUUAUUUGGUGUAAUCAUCGAUUAGUUUUUUUACACUUUUCCCAUUCCCGUUAUUAGUUUUGUGCCACGUUCUUGUGGCAAUUUAUUGAAAAAAUUGGUUUAAAAUGGUGCGCAUUUUCUAAUCUAAGGAUAACAAAUAAGAAGCAGCCAUGUCGAGCAUGUCAGACCGCAAGGCGGAGCUGGAGCGCAAGAAAGCAAAGCUCCAAGCUUUGAGAGAAGAGAAGGAUCGUCGGCGACGCGAGAAAGAACAGAAAGAUGCAGAGGAAUCGCUGGCAAGAGCAUCCACGACAUCCAGCCUGGACAGCCGUCGCGACCUGGACGAGAUGCUGUCCUCGCUCGGCGUGGCUCCCGUGAAGGAUGUGCUGUCAUCGUUGUCCUCCAUGCAGUCGCUCACACCACCACAGACUGCCUCGCCGGAAACCAGCCUGCACACACACAGCCCUCCGCAGGCGGCACCUAAGAAAGCAGCUCAGCUGCAGAUCAUAUCCGUGCAGUCUACAGACAUUCCUCCGAAAGAGAACGUCACCUACGCUAAGCAGACUCAAACCACCACAUCGGGGAUAACUGAGAUCAGAGAUGGAUACAUGGAGGACUGGUGGAGGCCCCGCAAAGCACACGCAACCGACUACUACGAUGAGUACAAUCUAAACCCGGGUUUAGAGUGGGAGGACGAGUUUACAGUGCUUACAUUCGACGGCGACGGCGCUCGGCAAGGCGAAGACGAGGAUGCGUUCCACGGCAAGCUCCCCCCCGGCAUCCUGCCACAUGGCCUGCCGACGGUUAAAGAAGUCCAGCCUGCGGUGACUGCUGCGCCACCAGAGAAGAAAGAAGAGGAAAAGGAGAAGAAAGUUCGCGAGCUGAGCGCCGACGAGAAACACACCAUCAUGCUGUCGGCGGAGUUCCAGCGCUUCAUCACCAAGGCCGGGCGUGUCAUCGAACGCGCACUCGGCGAGUCCGUGGACAUCUACACCGAUUACACCGGCGGCGGCGACGGCGAUACAGCGCUGGAUGACAAAUCUGACGCGCGUUUGUCCCUCGUCCGCACGUUCUACGACGAGCGCUGGUCGCGCGGCCGCUGCGUCACCUGCCUCGACUGGUCCGCGGCCCAUCCUGAGUUACUCCUGGCCUCGUACCAUAACAGUGAUGACGCACCACAUGACCCAGACGGUGUGUGUUUGGUGUGGAACACCAAGUUUAAGAAGACGACGCCGGAAGACGUGUUCCACUGCCAGUCACCGGUUAUGAGCGCAACAUUCGCCAGGUUCCAUCCUAACCUGAUCCUGGGCGGCACGUACUCGGGCCAGAUAGUGCUGUGGGACAACCGUGUGCCAAAACGCACGCCGGUACAACGCACCCCGCUUUCCUCGCUCGCACAUACGCAUCCAGUGUACUGCCUAUCAGUAGUAGGCAGCCAGAACGCCCACAACCUGAUCUCCGUCUCCUCGGACGGGCGCAUGUGCUCCUGGUCGCUCGAUAUGCUGUCCCAGCCACAAGAGACCUUGGAACUGCAGCAUCGUCAGAGCAAAGCUGUUGCCGUGACCGCUAUGGCGUUCCCUCACGCCGAUGUCAACAACUUUAUCUUGGGGAGCGAGGAUGGAAACAUUUACACUGGUUGCCGUCACGGCCAACGCGCGGGUGUAACCGACAUGGUGGAGGGCCACGCGGGCCCCAUCACGGGGGUGGCGGCGCACCAGGCGGGCGGAGCCGUGGACCUCAGCCAUCUGUUCCUCACUUCAUCCAUGGACUGGAGCGUCAAACUGUGGAGUCUCAAGGAGAACAAGGCCCUGUACUCGUUCGAGAACAGCGGCGACUACGUGGUGGACGUGCGCUGGUCGCCCGCGCACCCCGCGCUGUUCGCGGCGGCCGACGCGCUGCGCCUCGACCUGUGGAACCUGAACCGCGACACCGAGGUGCCCGUGGCGUCGAUACAAUCGGAAGGCGGCGCCUUCAACCGCGUGUCGUGGACGCCGAGCGGCGCGCACCUCACGGCGGGCGACGACGCCGGCAAGAUCUCCGUGUACGAGCUGGCAGAGAGCGAAUACCAGCCGCGGCACGACGAAUGGACCAAGUUCGUGUACACUCUGCAAGAGCUGCGUAACAACCAGGCUGACGAAGAAACCGACCGCCUCAGUCUGGCCAGCGGGCCUCCCAGCCUCACCAGUCUGGCUAGCAACCCGCUCCGAUAAACACUAACCCCCUUAUUCAUAAAACUUUACCGGCCUGAUUUAGUUAAAUUAUGUUUCUUCCCUUUCUUACAAAUACAUAAGUCAAAAUGACAGAUAAAGAUAAACGAUUCAUAGCUAAUUCAGGCCAAUAACGCGUUUAUGAAUAACGCUAUAAUUAUUUACCUUCCUGCUAUUGAUAGGUUCAGAACUCUAGAGUAACAGGAGAUGGCAGAUGAUAUGUGGCUUAGGCUUCAUGUGCAAUAAGGACCUUUUUAUCAGAAUUUCUGUUGGAAUUUCAGAUGGAAAGGACCUUAUUGCACUUGAAGCAUAAGGAGUCUUCUGUGAUGGAAGCCACAUAUUUCCAAAAACGUUAAAUACCUUGUCUACAUGCUUCCCGUCGCACGCCUAAAGAACGCAGUUAGGCGAUAGAGGAAACAACACAGACCACCAGCCAGCCUUUAACCCCACAUAGGGGCGGCCUUUGGCUAUGUAUGCUUAUAGGUAAAAGGGCUAUUAAUUUUCGCUUCUCCCAUGGAAACGGGUCAGCCAAAGGAACUAAAAUUAUUCUAAAUUGAAAACUUCAAGGUCGUUUUUUAGAUAUUAAAUAUCAAUUCUGCACAAUAUGUACUUUUUUUUUACAUUUAAAUUACCAAUAAUAACAUUUACUAGCUGUCUUAUUAUCAACUUCUUAAAAAAAAUACAUAUUAAUUAUGCAGCGUAAAGCCCUUUUAAAUUAUCUGUUUCCCAUGUCUACUAACUAGUAUUUUUUUUUAUUAUGUACAAUGCAAUUACUCUAAUGAACAGACGGAAUAACUAAAUGUAUUUUAAAUAGUAAUCGUAUUAAAAGUUAAGUAAGGGUUGACGAGGACUGAUAGAUUAUUUUGAUAUGGAUGGCAGAGCUUGGUGAGAGCUAACUAUUGGCGUUAAGAACGAAAGUAAAUUAUUAUCCAAAGUUUCUUGUAGAUUUAGGGGCUUUGAAUUCUAAUAUUAUUGAAAGCAGCUACACUAUUCUACCUACUGUAGUUAGUUACUAAAUAUCUAAAUUUUGAACAUUUAUCGAUAUUAUGUUGUGGUAUUUAAUAUCAAAAAUAUACUUAGAUGUUGUAAAUAAUUUGUUUUAAUAUUAAUUUUGCUACUUUUCGGAAAAACUGUUAUGUAGCAAUUUGAUAAAUUGGAAGAUGUAAUUAUUUAUUUUUGAAUACAAUCAUAGUUGUUUCGUCAGUAUAUAGCCGUAAGCAUAAUAUAACCGAGAUUUAUGUUAUUACUUAGAAAAAGAAAAGCUUGGAUUUAGUGGUAAUAUUUCCUUUCAAGCAGGUAUUUGUUAUUACGCUUUAUAACAUUUUAUUGUAUAAAAUAAAUAAUAACAACA